AUGGCAAUUGGAGAUCUUCGCAAGAAGUUAGCAACCAAUCAGUCACCCCAACAACCCCAACUCUCAUGGUUUCGUGAAAUGGCUCGCACGCUCGAGUAUAUCCACAACCAACGUUUGCUUGUGGCAGACAUUGCCAGUCGUAAUUUUCUUUUCGAUUCAGAUCUGAUGAUCAAAUUCUGCAAAUUCUCUGAAUCAUCUCUUCUACCCUUAGAUGCCAACAUGGAUACUGUCGAUGAUGACGGACACAUGACUCGAAUAGACCUCGAAUUUCUUGGUGCUGGUAUCUAA